AAACCACUGACGGGAGUUAGACGGGAGCACCGUUUUUUUCUUCAUCGUAUCAUUCCCAAAAGAUGACGGACUUGAAUGAACGGGAGGCCAAACUUGAAGCUCUCUUGGACAUCAUCAAUUCCUCUGCACGCCAAGCAAUCGCGGAAUACAAGAACACAGGAUAUGGGGUUCCCACUGUCGACGCAACCACCUUCCACCCCCUCGACUCAGCGACAGAUACAGUUGCCCUCAAAAAGGCAAUUAGGCUGCUCGAAGGUGCAUACCACCAAUUGAGCGCAAUACUGGCUCCCCCCCAACACACAGUGAUGAAUUCUGUAUUGAAUUACAAUUGGGCUUGCAUAGAUGUUGCCUUGCGAGCGCGCAUUGCAGAUGUUUUGGACAAACAUCCAGAAGGUCUUAGCGUGGACAGGCUGGCUGAAGCAGUCAACCUUGACAAGAGCAAGACUGCGCGCGUCUUACGAGCUUUAUCCCUCAUGGGUUGCUUUAGAGAAGUCGAGCAAGAUGUCUUCGCGAACACUCGGCUAUCACUCAUACUCAAGUCAACAAACAACACUGGAUGUUUUGCAGGACUUCAUUCUCAGGACGUCGCGAAAUACGCCGGAGUUCUCUAUGAGAGUAUGAUCGACGAAGAAUUUUCUCGUUCACAUGAGCUCGACAAAGCACCCCGGGUAUUGGCUUUCAGGAAGGAGGGUAUGAAGGGUGACUACUGGGAAAUGAUCAAUAAUGACGAUGAGAAACGAGAGGCAUUUCACAGGGGCAUGCUUGGCUUAAAUGAGAUGAUGGGCGCUUCUGCAGUUCUGCAUCACUAUCCUUGGGAUAACGUUUCAUCUGUGGUGGAUAUCGGAUCUGGCAUUGGGACAUUUUCCACUCCUCUGGCAAAAAUGUUCCCUCAUCUCAAAAUAACUAAUCAGGAUCUCCCGGAAGCAUGGGAGAAGAAUGCUCCUGAGGCACUGAUAGACGGGCGCGUGGAGUUCGUGCCAAUCAAUUUUUUCGAGGACGUACCUGCUGUUGGGAAGGAUGUUUAUUAUGUAAGAUUAAGGAACAUUAUCCACAACUGGCAGGACCGCGACGCAACGACGAUCCUUCGUAACAUUCGCAAGGUCAUGGGACCGAACAGCCGAGUGUUAAUUCAUGAUUGCGUGCUCUUGCGCACAUUGCAGGAACCUAGCAUUGGAACUGACGGGUUGAGCAUCGCCCCUGAACCUAUGUUACCGAACUUUGGGGCAGGCACUCACAGAUCAUACCAAAUGGACAUGACGAUGUGGCUUGUUCUAAAUUCCAAGGAACGAACAUUGGAUGAGCUGAAGAUCCUUGGGGCCUCUGUUGGCUUAGUACUCAGCCAGGUUUAUGAUCUUGUAGAGACAAUGGUCAUGGAAUUCAGAAUCGCU